GGCCUCCCCAACAUAGCCAGUCAGUCAUGUAACUACCUCCUUCCCAUUAGUGUCUCCUUAGGACCUGGGCCCAAGAGAAAGGCCUGCUGUCGGGUUGUCCGUCUCUGCUCGGCACUUCCCAUCUGUACCAAGAAGAAACACUGAAAUUUCCACCCAAGUUCUUUUCUUUUCUCUCCGUUCCCAUGUGAGGAGGAGAGGAAGGAGCUCAUUUUUUGUGGGUUUUUUUUUUUUUUUUUUUUUUUUAAUGACUGCACACUCUUUCUUUGAGUGACUUGCCUUCAGUUACACAACCAUUCCCUUAUUAGAGGACCCUGGGUAUGUUCAAUUUUCAACCCUUAAAAAUAACACUGUGAUGAACAUACUUGAGGAGAAAUCGUUUGCGGUGUUUAGUUUAUUCCCAGAAAUAGAUUUACCGAGGCAACAGGGAGGACUUUUAAUAUAUAUCGCUGUGGGACACCCAGAAACAAACGAAAACCCCGGUAAAACAAAAAAACAAAGAUGCGAACCAGAGUCCUCACAGAGGAGACAACAUGAAAAGGAAAUAGGUGGAGUGUUCAGUGCCUCAAAGAAAAUAAUAGUGGGCCAGGCAAGUGGCCGGAAAGUCACCUCCUCCACUGUGGGACUAACGUUAGAUCUUCUAUAAGCAAAAGAGCUCCGGCAGAUAAGCGCGUGUGGUUUUUCCAUUCUUCAAAGGGCAAAUGCUUUAGUUUCCUUCGACAAGGAACUCUGCUUGCACACAGAAGCCAGGCAGUUUUUACCUCGGCCCUGUCUUCCCAAACACAUGUGGGCUCAACAUGCGGUCUUAUAUCUGAGGUAGUGAAGUAAUCACCAAUCCCUGUCUGUUUUUCACAGCCGCCUCCAACCUGCUCUGGGCUGUUUUUAUUUUUAUUUUUUUAAGAUUUUCUUUUUUGGGGGGGGGGGAGAGCGUGCACAAGCCGGGGGAGGGGCAGCGGGAGAAGGAGAAGCCCACUCCCUGCCACUGCCACCACGGAUCCCAGGACCCUGGGAUCAUGACCUGAGCCGAAGGCAGACGCUUAACAACUGAGCCACCCAGGCGCCCCUGGUUUUGCCCCUCUUACUGCAUUGAGGAUGCAGACAGAAAGACGCACCUCUGUGCUAAUCCCACUCCCCCCCAGGGCCUGUCACCGCAUUGCCCGAUGUCAGCUUGUUGAUGGCCACUGAAGCUAUAAGACUCACAGCUAAUGCUCAGCCCACGGGCCCCCUCCCAGGGACUAAGGCACAAAAGAGGUGGUGGGAAUGGUCUUUGUGGUUCUAGAUACCGGGACUGCCAGGAAGAGGAGCUGAACAGAAGUAGAGGGUGGGGGAAGGGGCAACUCACAGGUGCUAAUCCCAGUUUCCUGUCUGGAUUUUCCUUGACUGCUGCUCAGGGCCUAUCUUAGGAUGGUCACAGCUGCCGAAAUAGAUCUCUUCCCUCACCUGUUCUGAUGCAAGGAAGACCUUGAUAACUUCCUGUCAAAAGAAUGCCUGCUUUGGUGAUUUUUCCCGGCUGUGGGACAAUAAUGGGGGCCCUGGUGCUGAUCUCCCCAGGCCUCUCCACCUCUGCAAAGCGGCAGCCGGGAAUGAGGGAGCCAACGGCCAUGAGGGGGGCGUCAAGGGGCCAGCCACCUGUUUCUGGCCAGGGCCCAGACUUUUCUGUGAACUGUCCUUGGUCUGCUCCAGAAAACACUCCUGGCCCAAAGGACAUCCCUCUGAUUCAGAAUGACAGAGAACAUACCUUCUGCCCUCCUCACUCACCUGCCUUUGCCCGCCAAGUCCGCUCCUACAGAAUGUUCUAUUCCUGCUUAACUCAUCACCCUAGCCAAGUCUGGGGCCUGAAAACCAAGUGUUUGCUUUGGGGCUGGUCUCCCCAGCUCCUCACUCAUUCACUCAACAAACAUGAGCCGCCCCCCGCCCCAGGGCUUGGUCCCGGAGGUGCGCAAGGGUGGAAGGUACAGCGAGGAGCAAGACGCGAUGCCUGGCCUGGGAGCUGGAGGUGGAUAUCUGGCAGAGCGACCCGCCUCCUGGGGAAGGGAGUCCUCGCAGCAGAGCAAGCCCGGAGCACCGGAGGCGGGGAGGGACCUGCGCAUGCGUGGGAGGAGACUUUGGCGUCGCCCACGUCGCCUAGGUAACCCCGACCCGCAGGAGCCCGCAUGGCCUCCGGCCCUGGAGGGAGCUGUGGUCAGCCCCAACCGCAGAGUGCAGCCCGGACGCCCUGGGUGACCGUCCUGCAGCCUGUCACAUGGGCCGUCCCACCGCCGCCCCCGCAGCGGGGCCGAGUGAAGGAAGACCUGCUGGAACUGAUGUUGCUGCAGAACGCGCAGAUGCACCAGCUGCUGCUGAGUGGCCUGGUGGCAGCAGCGCUCCACCCGGGGCCAGCCUCUUGCCACCCGCAGAAGAACCAUAACCGUGCCCCCACCCCCACCCCCCAGUGCCACAGGCACUGUGGGUGCGGAUGUACCCCCGGCUUCAGGGAUGCAGGAGGGAGCCAAGAUACGGGUACUGUCUCUCCCCAGACUACUAUGAUGCCGAGAGCCUACCGUGAGGACAGACACCAGCCCUGGGACCCUGCCAGCUUCACCGCAGAGCUGGAAAGAGCCCUGGAGCCCCUAGGUGCCCCUCUAGUGCCUACGACUCUGCACCCAUGCCUGACAGCCCUCCCCCAUUCCCUCAACCACAGCCAGGCCCUCUCCUGGGUGAAUCAAAACCUUCUUCACCACAUGGAGACCUUGAACUGGCCUCAUCUCUGCCCUGGAGCACAGACCCCUCUAAACAUCAUCCAGGGCUGGGAAGCCGCCGGUGGGGGGGCCUAGGGGUCUAGAGCCCUCCCUCGCUCGACCUCCUCCACUCACCCCUGUAUGGGAGGGCCAGUGCGGUGGGGUCUUGGUGGCCUAAUGACAGAGCAGGAGGUGAGGGGAGGACUGCUUUUGUUGUCCAAGGCUCUCUGAAGGCCUAAAGUGAUGGGAGAGAGGCCUGGCUCAGAGGGUCCUGGAGCUGAGCCAGUUCCCUUGGGCCCCACCCUUGCCCAAGGAAGCUGGCUCUUUUGGCAGAAAGAAGUCAGAGCCAUGUCCUGCUUGGGAGUGGCCUGAGGUCCCCGAGCGCCAAGUAGGAACAGAACGUCUCUCUGCUCUCCUGGGCCAGGGCGUGUCUCCCCCAUGUCCCUGUCCCUUGGGAGAAAUUAGUCACUCAGGGCUCCAUGAGGAGGGGUGUCUGGUGCCUGGGCUGGUCAGCAUGGGGGCACCCCAGGGCCUGGGCUUGUCAGCACGGGGGCGCCCCAGGGCCUGGGCUGGCUG